UUGCCUUCCCACUCUUUUUAAGCAGCUUUGGCGUCGUACUUAAAACUUCCCUCCUACCAUUUGAUAGUGUAAAGAAGCUAAAAGCUAUAAGCAGAAAAUAAGCAAAAGUGCUUCUUCAACCAGCCAUGUCAAGCAGAAGAUCAUCAUCAUCAUCAAGAACUUCUAAACCCUCAGAUGAUGAGAUUAAGGAGCUCAUCUCAAAAUUACAACCUCUUCUUCCUCAGCUUCAUCAUACGCGUAAUGCUCCGGUAUCGGCGUCGAGCAUUUUGGAAGAAACUUGCAGUUACAUAAAGAGGCUGCAUAGGGAGGUGGAAGAUCUGAGCCAAAGAAUAUCUCAACUCCUGGAUUCUGCAGGCAUCUCUGAUGUUGAUGAAGAGCUUAUUAGAAGACUUUUGCAGCAUUAAUAAUCGCUCUCUCUCUCUCUAGGCUAGCAAUUUUAAUUACAUGAGUUAAGUUUUGGUUGGACUAUCCAACCAGUGAGAGAUUAUAUAUAUGAGGAAUGCAUAUAUAUAUAUAUAUAUAUAUAUAUAUAUAAUAUAUAUAUAUAUAUCUGUGUAUAUAUGUUUGUAAUCUUCAGUGUACCUUCUGAUAUCUUAUGUGUUGUUAAAAUGGUAUCUAGUCAUUGAUCUAGCUCCAAACUAAAUAUUAAAAUAAUUUUUGGUUCCA